UGGCUGACUUCAUCUAUUCAACAAGAUCUUGUGGUCGUAUGAAGUGCUUAUUUGGAAUGAGAUGAGCGGUUUAGGAGAUAGGUUAUUUUUGCUUCCGUUUGCAGUCCAUAUCUCUAGAAGUCCGUGGUUAGACCUAAUGCGGACAUACAAUGGGAUCAAACAUGUAUCAAUUUCUGUUUUUCACUGUUUUCCUCUUUCAUAAUAACACGGCAACUCGGGAUCGGACAUUUCUGAAUCUUGACAAAAUGCGUCAUAAAACAAAAGGGACUUCCUGACUCCAAGAAAUGAAAUAUUUUCUGAAGAGUACCUGAAUGUUACAAAAUCCAACAUCUUCAGGAAAAAGCCAGGUGUAACCCAAGCUUUGAUGAUACGAAACACCGAAAGCAACUAAGAAAUGAAUCAACUAUAAACUUGACUCAAAAUGUCAUAUCAAUCUUUGAUGAUAAGACCAAGGAAAAAGCGCCAGACCAAUUCCCAGAAAACGGCCCAAGCCCUAAAACGCCCUCGAAUCGAGCUAAUCCUGUGAAGAAGUAUGUCAACCAAGGCUGUCCUCAUUCUUCUUGCUCUGAUAUUUGAAUCAUUUAUUACCGCUGACCGUCACCGAUGUCAAGUCAUUCAACACCCAAAUCAUUCGCAUCCGCACGAAUUUGGAUUUCAUCGUGAAUUUCUUUCCCCUCACUGGCGACACUUAACUCGGCAUCGUCGGCAACCAGUCAAAAGAAAAACCGAUUGGCUCCCUCAAAAAGGAAUGAAUAACUCCACUGCUGAUACUCAAGAUUCGGUGUUCUCCACAAAAAAUGCAACUGUUGUUGAGGCUCAUAUUGGUUCAACGGCCAUCCUUGAAUGCAAAGUGAAGAAGGCAAGCCAAUUUGGGAUGAUGACCUGGGCUCGUCUUCAGGACGAAUAUCGACCAUAUUCAGUCUUGACCGUUGGAGAUUCAAAUUACGUGAAAGACAAACGGUACAUGGUGUCGAAACCUCGGAUGCAUACGGAAGACAGUGAUCUGAACUGGUUUUUGCGAAUUCUGCGAGUAUCUACCAAAGACGAGGGGUCAUACGAGUGUCAAGCAACAACGUAUCCACCUCAAGCUAUUGUAUUGCGGCUAAUAGUCGUAGAGGCUGUGUCAGAAAUCGUAGGUUCAAGGGAAAAGAUCAUCAGGAGCGGCUCCAUAUUACGGUUGCAGUGCCUGAUAAAGAAGGCCACUGAAAAACCACAAUACAUAUUCUGGUUUCACGAUAGCCGUAUGAUAAACUACGACUCUCAACGAGGAGUCAGAGUUUCUAAUGACAUGUAUCGGUCUGUUCUUACCUUAAACGGAGUGUCUGCGCCAGAUUCAGGCAAUUAUUCUUGUUCUCCGGACAAUGCGCGGUCAUCAUCUGUCAUAGUUCAAGUAAUUAAAAAUGGGCACGAUCCUGCUUCAAUUCAAUCGCAAGAAAAACUCACAUCUCUAGCGGCGAUACAAAACAAAACUGGAUCGUUAUUGUUGCCGAAUAUACAACUACUUAUCAUCAUCAAUAUUGCCACCCGAAAAAAUACAUAAGAAUGGCCCUAGGAAAGUUCUGAUGUGGAUUGUGGAAAAGAAAAACUAUUCCAUCCAAAAAUGCAACAUCGUAUUUCUUGACAUACUGUAUUUUUCUCUUACCCUGGGCAUUUUAUGUCAGAUGUAGAGGGUCAAGAAAAGGUUGUUGUAUCCAUGUUGAUGAAUGCAACCUCAUCCCUCUGUCAUUUCUUCCAUGUGUCUCGACACACAUUACUGCAAUGUGAAUUUUGAAAUACACAAUUGCCAGAAUCAGACAA